AUGGCGUCGUCUUAUACUAUAAGAAUUCAAGGUCGUAUUUGUCGUAGGAGCAACAAUGACCAAACAGUUGAUAAAUCCAAAGGUGGGCAAUCACAGCAGCCAGCGACUGAAAAGAAGGUGGAGAAGACGAUAAAUAAGCGGUUACAACGGACUCAAGCUCAGGUCAACGAGGUGGUGGACAUUAUGCGAGUUAAUAUUGAGAAGGUGCUUGAACGUGACAAAAACCUCUCGCAGUUGGAUGAUCGAGCAGGUGAGUUGCUGAAAUCCUAUUUCAGUAGUUUAACUAUACUAAAAAUAGUUUCAGUAAUUUUUCACUUUCUAAUACGAUCGACUAAUAAUCAUAAAGUUCUCUUUGGCGGAGGCCCUAUUUUCAUCCAAGCGUGGCACGAUUUGAGGCGUAACCAAUGUUCCCACUGGGAUAUUUAG